AUGCCGCUGUCGCGGCCUGGAAUCCACCUGAUGUUGAGCAGUGGAACGUUGUCGCCGUUGAGCCGCUUUGGUGGAUGCGCAGAGACGGCGGCCGUGAAGACCAUCGUCCUGUACGGCGGCUGGUACGACUUCCUGGUUGGACGCGAGCUGUUUCUGAGGGACCGGUGUCCAGUGGACAAGUGCGUCGUCUACCAUGGAUCGGACAUGAGGGAGCGAAAAAGCGCCGUCGUGGAUGCCUUCAUCUACAAGGACUACUACUACGACCCUGUGGUCCCACACAUCACGGGACGCCAAGUGAAGAUCAUGUACCUGCUCGAAAACCCGAUGCACACAUUCGUCCCGAGCAGAGACGCGGGAAUCGACUGGAUGGCCACCUACCGAAAGGACUCGGAGAUUGUGACGCCGUACGAGAAAUUCGUGCUUUUCGACCCGCUGGUGAAGACCAUCAAGCGCAACUUCGACUACUCCCAGAACAAGAGCAAAAUGAUCGCGUGGUUCGUCUCCAACUGCGCCGCCUCGAACCGGCGCCUCGAUUACGCGCACCAGCUGCAGAAACACAUAGAGGUGGACAUCUACGGUUUGUGCGGCACGCUCGACUGCCCUCGCUCCGAGAACGAGAGGUGCUAUCAGAUGUUGGACAAUGACUACUAUUUUUACCUGUCUUUCGAGAACGCCAACUGUAAGGACUACAUCACCGAAAAAUUCUUCAAUGCUCUACGGCACAACGUGGUCCCCGUGGUGAUGGGCGCUUCCCGCGAGGAGUACCUGGCCGCGGCUCCGUACCACUCGUACAUCCACGUGGACGACUUCGCGUCGCCCAAGGAGCUGGCCGAGUACCUGCACCUGCUCAGCCGCAACCGCACGCUGUACAACCAGUACUUCGAGUGGAAGGGCACCGGGGAGUUCGUGAACACGUACUUCUGGUGCCGCCUGUGCGCAAUGCUGCACGCGCCGCCAGCUCCGGCGAAGCGGCGCACGCAGAGCGUCCACGAGUGGUGGCACGACGGCGCGUGCAGGGCGGUGGCGUAGUGCGAGCGCCCAAACACACGAGCGGGGGAGGGGGCGAAUGGCAUUUGUUCGCGCUCGUGGGACAGCGUGUUUACUACAUCGCUCGUGCAUCCUGACGAGAACUGUCGCUCUCUCAGGACUUUCGAGAACUAUACUGCGCGCGUCUCGACUGUUGUCGUCGCAGACUUGCGACAUCGACCGUAAACGUGCUCUGGUAUCGACUUUCCUUUUUUUUUUUUUUUUGCAACUGUUGCUCCACUGACUUUAGUUGUGUUCCGUCUGUUUGUUUGACCUUUCUCGCCGCUGCUUGCCCUGCCUGUGUUGCGUGGGUGCUCGGCAGUUUUGCACGCGUUAUGAACGCGCAUUUAGGUUGAGCACCGUAAAACAUGUAGAUAGAUUCGUAUUCCUGAAAAAAAAACAGAAAGAAACGGUAGUAAAAUAAAUGUGUGCGGGAACAAUCGAGAAUGAUCGUCAAUGUAAGCGAAUGGCACGAACGAAGAAACGAACGAGCGAGCGCGCGAUAAUCUUCCUUCUCUACUCGCAACACGCUCGACAGUUCCCCCGCUUCCCCACUCUUCCCUCCCUCCCUCCCUCCCUCCUUCCCACCCUCGCCGCGAGUCGGUUGCGCGAGAUCAUAUGCCCUUUCUCACGGCGUAUUGGAACCGCAAGUCCGGCCACCGACAGUCAACUAUGCAUCGACCACCGCAGAUCGCCGAUCGAAAACUGCCGCCAACCACAAAAAUGGGCGAAAGAGUCAACAAGGAGCCAUUCCUUUUAACACAGGCCGCCGCUUUUGCCAUCCAUGCAUGUGAAUCUGCGUUCCGCGGCGAUAGCCAAUCUGCCGCAGGCCGAAAAACAAUCUCUGCUUUUCAGGCUACAUGAUUGAUGCGUGACGCAACUCGGUGGUCUCCCUCACUACGCAUGCAGAGGACUGUUUCUGUAAAGUAUUACACCCAUGUGCAGCCGCCAGCAAAGAAGUCUGGGGACGACAGGUGACACGAAGCUUGUCUUUUUGGGUCGCUGCCUAUAAAUAGGCAUGAAGGCUCAACUCAAGCGGUAGAGCCUACGUGCGCCUGUUCAAAACAAUGUCAUGCAUUACGGAAAUUCUACGUUGUCCGGCCGUGCUAGAAGGAGUUCUUUUU